UUUCACACACAGGGAGACUAAAACUGAAGAGAAGCAGAGAGCCACAAGAGCUUCCAAGAAAAAUGGCGACGAAACUGGAGGCCUUUGAAGAAUGGCACAUCCGCAAACCAAAGGGAGCCAAGACAAACGCCAGGCCAAGAAAGAAGAAGACAAAUAAACAACAAGAAAAAAAGAAAAAGAAAAAAAAGAGAGAGAAAGUUUCCCCUGCGUCAAUUGGCUUAUUUUUUUCACCUGGAUUGGAAUAUCUUUGAUGAAAAUUUCGAAUUGACCUUUGAAAUGGUUUGGUUGGAAGUAGAGUUGAAUUGGGUUUUCGCUUUUGAAUAAGUUGGAGUAGUAUUUGAUGAGGAAAACCUCUGUAGCUGGGAAUCACAUUGGUUAGAAAUGGGCAUGCCAGAGAAUGUUGUUGUUGGUUCUCACAUUUGGGUUGAAGAUCAAGAAUUAGUUUGGAUUGAUGGACAAGUGAUUGAUAUUAAUGGAGGGGAGGCUGAGAUUCAAACUAGUAACGGGAAGACGGUUGUUGCAAAUUUUUCAAAAUUAUAUCCCAUGGAUAUGGAAAGUCCUGAAGCUCGGGUUGAUGACAUGACUAAGCUGACAUAUUUGCAUGAACCUGGAGUUCUGCAUAAUUUGGCAACUAGAUUUGAGAUCAAUGAAAUUUAUACUUAUACUGGAAACGUUCUUAUUGCUAUCAAUCCAUUCCAAAGACUCUCACAUUUGUAUGAUGAUUACAUGAUGAAACGUUACAAGGGAGUGCCACUUGGAGAACUCAGCCCUCAUGUUUUUGCAGUUGCUGAUGUUGCAUAUAGGGCAAUGAUUAAUGAGGGAAAAUGCAACUCUAUUCUGGUUAGUGGUGAAAGUGGCGCUGGUAAGACGGAAACAACCAAAAUGCUUAUGCGUUACCUUGCCUAUUUAGGUGGUCAUACUGCAGCUGAAGGACGGACUAUUGAACAACAAGUUUUAGAAUCAAACCCAGUUCUGGAAGCAUUUGGCAAUGCAAAAACUGUUCGAAAUAACAAUUCCAGUCGUUUCGGAAAAUUUGUUGAGAUUCAAUUUGAUAAGAAAGGAAGAAUAUCAGGGGCAGCCAUUAGAACUUAUCUUCUCGAAAGAUCUCGUGUUUGCCAAAUUUCAGACCCUGAGCGCAACUACCAUUGUUUCUACCUUCUCUGUGCAGCUCCCCAUGAGGAGAAAGAGAGAUACAAGUUGGGAAAUCCUAAAUCAUUUCACUAUCUUAAUCAAUCAAAUUGCUACGAACUGGCUGGUGUAAGUGAUGCUGAUGAUUAUCUUACUACUAAGAGAGCCAUGGAUAUUGUUGGGAUAAGUCGAAAAGAGCAGGAUGCAAUAUUCAGAGUAGUGGCAGCAAUUCUUCAUCUUGGCAACAUUGAUUUUGCUAAGGGGGAAGAAAGUGAUUCAGCAAUUGUAGAAGAUGAAGAAUCCAAAUUUCAUCUUCAAAUAACAGCUGAUCUUCUCAUGUGUGAUCCUCAUGCAUUAGAAGAUGCACUGUGUAAGCGUGUAAUGAUUACCCCAGAAGAAAUUAUCAAGAAAACCCUUGAUCCUCAUGGCGCUACAGUUAGCAGGGAUGGUUUAGCCAGGACAAUAUAUUCUCACUUGUUUAACUGGUUAGUGGAGAAAAUCAACGUCUCAAUUGGGCAAGAUCCUGCCUCAAAAUGUCUGAUCGGGGUCCUUGACAUUUAUGGUUUUGAAAGCUUUAAAACUAAUAGUUUUGAGCAGUUUUGUAUUAAUUUUACAAAUGAAAAGCUGCAACAACAUUUCAACCACCAUGUGUUCAAGAUGGAGCAAGAGGAAUACACAAAGGAGGAAAUUGAUUGGAGCUACAUAGAAUUUGUUGAUAACCAAGAUAUCCUGGAUCUUAUUGAAAAGAAACUGUGUGGGAUCAUUGCCUUGCUGGAUGAAGCUUGUAUGUUUCCAAAGACAACUCAUGAAACAUUUUCACAAAAGCUUUAUCAGACAUUCAAAGAUCAUAGACACUUCAUCAAGCCAAAAUUGACGCGCUCGGACUUUACCAUAGUUCAUUAUGCAGGAGAAGUUCAAUAUCAGUCUGAUCAUUUUUUAUGCAAAAAUAAAGAUUAUGUUGUUGUCGAACAUCAAAAUUUGUUGAGUUCUUCCAGUUGUUCCUUUGUAGCGGGCCUUUUCCCUUCACUUUCUGAUGAAACGGCCAAAUCCUCUAAGUUCUCAUCUAUUGGUUCUCGUUUUAAGCUACAGUUGCAGCAAUUGAUGGAUACACUAAAUUCCACAGAGCCCCACUACAUUAGAUGUGUGAAGCCAAAUAACUUUUUAAAACCUUCAAUAUUUGAGAAUAACAACGUCAUGCAACAACUACGUUCUGGUGGGGUUCUAGAAGCAAUCAGAAUCAAAUGCGCUGGAUACCCUACUUGCAGGACCUUUUUCGAAUUUUUAACUCGAUUUGGUAUCCUUGCAGCAGAGGCUUUGGGAGGCAACAGCUAUGAAGAAGAGGUAGCAUGCAAAAAGAUUCUGGAGAAGAUGGGCCUUACAGGUUAUCAGAUUGGGAAAACAAAGAUUUUUCUAAAAGCUGGUCAGAUGGCUGAGUUGGAUGCACAGAGAGCAGGCAUGCUUGGCAUCUCAGCCAAGGUCAUCCAAAAGCAGAUUAGAACUCAUAUUACUCAUAAAAAGUUUGUUAGUAUGCGGAAGGCAUCUAUUCACAUACAAUCCUUUUGGAGAGGAGAACUGGCUCGCAAGUUAUAUGAGCUUCUGAAAAGGGAUGCAGCUGUUGUCAAAAUUCAGAGGGAUUUGCGUAGAUUCUUGGCCAGAAAAUCCUACAUCAUUUGUGUACAAUCCUUUUGGAGAGGAGAACUGGCUCGCAAGUUAUAUGAGCUUCUGAAAAGGGAUGCAGCUGCUGUCAAAAUUCAGAGGGAUUUGCGUAGAUUCUUGGCCAGAAAAUCCUACAUCAUUCGUAUACAAUCCUUUUGGAGAGGAGAACUGGCUCGCAAGUUAUAUGAGCUUCUGAAAAGGGAUGCAGCUGCUGUUAAAAUUCAGAGGGAUUUGCGUAGAUUCUUGGCCAGAAAAUCCUACAUCAUUCGUAUACAAUCCUUUUGGAGAGGAGAACUGGCUCGCAAGUUAUAUGAGCUUCUGAAAAGGGAUGCAGCUGCUGUUAAAAUUCAGAGGGAUUUGCGUAGAUUCUUGGCCAGAAAAUCCUACAUCGGAACUAAGUUUUCUAUGCUGAUCUUGCAGACAGGUUUACGAGCUAUGGUUGCUCGUAAUGAAUUCAGAUACAGGGAGCGUAAGAAGGCUGCAACUAUCAUUCAGGACAAUUGGCGCUGCCACAGAGCUUUUUCAGAGUAUAAUAAGCUUAAGAACGCAUCAACUAUUUUGCAAAGCAGAUGGAAAGGGAGAGCUGUGAGCAGAGAGCUUAGGAAACAAAUGAUGGUUGCCCAAGAAGUGAUUGAAGAAGCUUGCCCUGUAAUUAGAGAACCCUCAAUGCCUGACCAAGGUGCUGAAAAGAUUGAGACUCUCAUCAUGGAAGUGGAAAAUUUGAAGGCCUUGUUGCAGGCAGAAAAACAAAGAGCUGAUGAAUAUAAAAGGAAAUAUGCGGAAGCCCAGGAAUCAAGUGAAGAAAGACGUAAAAAAUUAGAAGAAACUGACAGAAUAGUUCAUCAACUUCAGGACUCCUUGAACAGGAUGAUAUAUUCCAUGUCAAAUCAAGUUUCAGAGCUGAAAAUGGUCUUGUCUACUUCAUCAAGACAGACUUCAACUUCUGGACCCAUUGAUGGGGAUGAAAGGAUUGAAUUCAUUUCCAGUAACUCAGAUGCUUCAUCCUCCGACUCUGAUUUCUCUUUUCCAGCUCCAAUUCCAACUUCACCAACCUCUGCCAUCAACCCGAGUUCCUUCCAGCUGAUAGUUCAGGAUAUUUCAGCAGCAGAAUUCUCAGGAUUUGAAAGUGAUAAGGAGAGGGCAUUUGAUGACUUCUUCUAAUGAAGCUUUUUUCUACGUCAAAUCUAGCUUUGAUUUAUUUAUUUAUUUAUUUUUUAAAGAUGAGAUGAAAUAAAGAACAUACAAUCAGGUGUACAGACUAACCAGAACGAUGCAUACUUAACCAGAAUAGUAAGAAAUACAAGGAAAGUUGAAAUAAGAUGACGGAAAUGGAAACAGACCAACAAAAGAGUACAAUGUCCUUAGCAACAUUACACAGCAUUUUCUAUCCAUAGACCAGAGGGGAUAUAUCCCUCGCGGUGGAGCAAGAGAGAGGGAAUUAAUGUUGCCAAUAGAACUAAUUGUAGCAGCGCUAUGUGUGGAGUUGUGAGUGCGGCUGAAGGCACUCAUAUUCAUCUUGAUUUCUGGCCAGCUUCUGAAGGAGUUGAGGAAAAUAAGAAAAAUUGAACAAUCAGAAGGAAAAUGAUUUUUGGAAGACGAGAAACCGUCCCCCAACACCCCUUUUUGAUUAAAAACUAUUUUUUUUAAUCAAAAAGGGGGCAAGGCCGGACGGUUUCAUGUCCCCUGUGUAUCAGCUCUCCAAUCAAAAUAGAAUUUUUUACAACUGAACAAUUAGAAAUAGAGUUUCCUACAA